UGGGCUGGGCUCAGUUCCAAGAAACUUCAUUGCUGUUUCUUCUCCCACAUGAAUCCAUUUACCUAAACCAAACCCAAAGAAACAGCGUGUUCCAGUCAUGUCCUCACCCUCACGCAUAAACCAAACAGAUGGUCAAAAGAAAGCAGGCCAGCCUGCCCUUUACUUGUAAUUUGUAAAUAAAUAAAAAUGUCUCCAAUCAUGCAGGAUUGCAGAAACUUCCCUCGCAAUUUCAUUUGAGUCAUAUACCAUUUCUUCAUGUUCUUCCCACUUUCCUCCAUACACACAAAGCCACCACCACCAACACCACCACCUAAGCAAUAUCUUUCCCAUCCACCGCCUUUGAAAAGUUCUGAUUACUUCCAAGCACUCACCAUUCUCUCAUUCUUUAUAAAUAUUCAACCUCUUCCUCCAAAGCUGAAAUCAACACCUCUCACAAUUCUAAUUCUCUCCCUCUUCAUUACCCAUUUAUCUCACCUAUCUAAACCGCUUCCCAAUGGAGAAGAUAUCACUAGACACUAUUCCACUUUCUUGCAUCAUGUUCGGCUUUCUUCAAUACUACUACCUGUAUGUAAUUUUGGACCAGUUGAGAAGAUUUUACGAGUUUUUCUUGACAUCCAAUUCUCUAAUCCAAUCCCAUCUAGCAGUUCAGGCUGAUCGGGAGGAGAAGAACCCUGAGUGCUCUGAGUUGUUGUCGAAACAUCUGCCCUGCCGAAAGGAGAAGAUCAGUGAUGAAAAUUUAUGUAGAGAGGAUAUUGAGAUGGUAAUGGGGAGGUUGGGGGUUUUUGGCCACUCUGAAUUAGGUGAAGAGAAGGUUCAGGAGAGAAGGUUUGAUUCCAAUGACAUUUCGAAUCUAUUCGAAGAGGAAGAGCCAAGCUUGGAGGAGGUUAAGGCUGCUUUUGAUGUUUUUGAUGAGAACAGAGAUGGGUUUAUUGAUGCUAGUGAGUUGCAAAGAGUGUUCUGUGUUUUGGGCUUCAAACAUGGAGGAGAGAUGGAGGAUUGCAGGAAGAUGAUUAAGGCCUUUGACAACAAUGGAGAUGGGAGGAUAGAUUUUAAUGAAUUUGUAAUAUUUAUGGAGACCAGCUUUUGUUGAAUUAAUACUACUACUAAUAUUCUUUUGGCUA